CUUUUCCGUUUCCUUCAACCCUCACCUCUGCUGCAUGUCUCCCAGUUUAUAAGUUAGAUCAGACCAAUAUUCCCAUUAAUGCUUCUUACACGGGCCAAGGGAGGCAUGCAAGGCAGGUGUUAUUUUCCAGACAGGGAUUUGGGGCCCAGGGAGCACUGACUUGUCCAGGGAGUGUCAGGACUAUGACCUGAUCUAGGCCUCCUAAAUGCCAGUGCAGUGGAGUCCAAGACCUGCCACUUGUCUGAGGUUGAAAGGAAACAGGUUUAAAUGUGAUCCAUACGUCCUAAAGCACACACAGGUGUUCUGUACACUGUGGUAUUGGUAGCGGACAAAAGGCCUCUUUGAGGGUUUGAUGAAACUAACCGAGGCUAGAAAGCGGGGCUAGGUGGGGCACUUUCAAAUCUUCAGCUCACCUGCUCGCCACUCACAACUAUCAAUUCCCACUGGUCCUCCUGCAGGCUUCGCGCUAGAGAAAGCGUUGGCUGUUUGUGGCACGGCAAGGCCACCGUACGGUACCAAGGCUCUGGUGCUGUGGCUAGUGGAGCACCAAUGUCUUACGACAGGUGUAUUGGGUGGUCCUAUACUGGCCCUGCGACAGCGAACGGACACCAAGAGUUGGGCGGUGUCACCUGACUCUCCGCGGUUUUAAGGGAGAGGCGUUGCGGCGGCGCCUCUCUCACGUGAUCGGGCUCGGACGGCGUAGAGCACGUCACACUACGCCCCGCGCACUGGGGUCGGUGUAGGUCUGCGCCUGCGCGGGCUCGCUUGCUGCCGAUCGACCGGCCAGCGGCUACCGGGCGUGGAGCCGGGCGCCCGCGGCGAUGGUUUUGCACAAAGACCUUUGUGCCGGAAUCACCUCUGAGUCCUGCUUUAUCCAUGUGGACAGUAAAUUACAGAAAUCCGGUUAUCAAAAUUGACUCCAGAAGAGAGAACCUAACAGACCAUUAACAAUGGAAGAAAUUGAAAAAGUUGUCCAAAAGCCACCAUCCCUCAAAACACCAGACCCAGAUGGUGUUGCAGCACGGUGUGUUACAGCCAGCGUUUGUGUCCCAGCAGCCUCCCAAAGCCAUAGCCAUCUGUGGUGUGAUAGCGGGAACGUGAACCCUGGAAGAAGACUUCAUUUCAAGGCUUAAAAAAAAAAUCCUUCAUGAAGAAGAAAGAUCUUAAACCACAUGAUGGAUUCAGAAGCUCAUGAAAAGAGGUCGCCAAUCAUCACAUCUUCAAAACAAGACCUGUCACCUCAUAUUGCCCAUGUUGGUGAAAUGAAGCAUUACUGGUGUGGCUGCUGUGCAGCCUUCAACAACGUGGCGAUCACGUUUCCCAUUCAGAAGGUCCUCUUUCGGCAGCAGCUGUAUGGAAUCAAAACCAGGGACGCGGUGCUUCAGUUGAGAAGGGAUGGAUUUCGAAACUUGUAUCGUGGAAUCCUUCCCCCCUUGAUGCAGAAGACGACUACACUGGCCCUUAUGUUCGGUCUGUAUGAGGACUUGUCUUGCUUUCUCCGGAAGCAUAUCAGUACACCAGAGUUUGCGACCCGCAGCAUGGCAGCAUUACUUGCAGGGACAACAGAAGCAGUUUUCACUCCUUUGGAAAGAGUUCAAACAUUGCUACAAGACCACAAGCAUCAUGACAAAUUUACAAACACUUUUCAGGCUUUCAAGGCGCUGAAAUGCCAUGGAAUUGGAGAGUAUUACCGAGGCUUGAUACCCAUUCUUUUCCGAAACGGAUUCAGCAAUGUCCUUUUUUUUGGCCUUCGGGGUCCCAUUAAGGAGCAUCUGCCUUCCGCUACGACUCACAGUGCCCACUUGGUCAAUGAUUUUAUCUGCGGAGGUCUGUUGGGCGCCAUGUUGGGAAUCUUGUUUUUUCCAGUCAAUGUUGUAAAAACUCGCAUGCAGUCUCAGAUUGGUGGGGAAUUUCAGUCUUUCCCCAAGGUUUUCCAAAAAAUCUGGUUAGAACGGGACAGGAAACUAACAAAUCUUUUCAGAGGUGCCCAUCUGAAUUACCAUCGCUCCCUCAUCUCUUGGGGCAUAAUCAAUGCGACUUACGAGUUCUUGUUAAAGAUUACAUGAAAGAAAUCAUCAGUUAAGUGCCAUUUAUCAACUGACUAGACCUAAGGAGAAUGCAGUUUGGCUUCGUUCUAUUGGCCAAAUACAAGUUGAUGUCAUACGUCCAGGGCACAAUGACUUUUGGGCAAAGCUGUUUUUCUUAAGCACCAAUGAAUUCAGAGCAAAAGAUUCCAAUAGGGAAAUUUAAGGUUGUUUUUUUUUUUGGAGGGGGCAUUAAAUCAUUUGCAGAGAACUUAGGCUGAUUGCCUGGUUAAUAGCUGUCUAUCUGAAUGAUGGCUUUUGAUGAGGAAACUAAUACCCAAGACAGUCUUUUUCCCCAAAGUCUUUAAACCUUCUGAUUGAAACAUAAGUGGCCAUAUCCCUAGAAAAGGUUCUUAGGGCCCCUUGAAUUCUCAGGCUUACUUUUAUUCCUCCAUUUCUUGCUUCUCUGCUCUUAGGAAGAGUUGCAAAGGGUAGUCUUUGCUAAACUGAAGCGUAUAUGUGGUAGGGCAAAGUAGCAGAACAGAAGAACAGCUUAAUAGGUGUAGGCUUUUCAUGAUAAUAAAUUGCUUGCAUUCAUUUUAAAACAAAGCACCUGUUGGGGAUAGUCAUUAUCUGAACUCUUUCUGUUUAGACAUGGUAGACUCAAGAAGCUAAUGAAAGCUCCCAUUUUGCUUUCUAGGUUUGAAAGUUUUCUGUUUAGUUCUGAAUGUGACCUUAAACCCAUCCAAAGUAUUUUUAUGUUUAUCUCAUUUAUUUCAUUGCCAAAAGGUGGAGAGACUUAAAUUUUGUUACAAGCAUUUCAUCCUGUUAAGAAGUCUUAUUAAUUGCAUACAGAUCAACUCUGUAGCUCAAUUUCUUUGAAUUACUAUUGCCAACUUAGCAAACAGCUUUGGGGUUUUUCCUUUGAGUAGUAGUUUGUCUUAUUCAGGUAUCCUAUUCUCUUGAAACUCCUUUAAAAAAACAAAAACUUCCACACAACUUUAUUUUGGAGGUCUAAUAAGAUUCCAGAUUUUUUUUUCCCCUUGGUUUCUAAAUGUUUUGGGGGAGGGAGGGAAAACCCAGGAUAGCUUUCACCCCACAGUAUUAGCUGUCAUUUUUUUCA